AUGAUUCUAAGACUAGGAGCAAAAUUAUGUCCUGUUUUAAAAUCGUGCGUUAACCAAACGAGAAACAUCAGACCCUCGAUAAAAAUUGAUAAGGAAACAUUCCAGCUCACUUUAGAUGUACGACAAUUUGAUAAAGAAGAGGUCAGGGUGAAGGCGAGACCGGAAUUCAUCAUUGUUGAAGGUAAACAAGAGCGGAAGACGAAAGAUGGUUUUGUCAUAAGACAAUUUGUCAGAAAAUUCAAAUUGCCUAUAGGAUGUGACCCACAGACUAUUAAAACCACGUUAUCGCCAAAUGGAAUUUUAACUGUAACAGCGCCAAGGAAAUUCUGCGAGAAAAAUUUGCCCUGUGAAAGGAUUAUACCUAUAUCUGUGGGAGAUGAUGAAGAAAUUGAUCAAAAACUUAUAGAACCUGAAAAACCUAGUAAAGAGGAUCUGUGUGCCAAGUAUAUAGCAGAUGAUAGAAGUAAAACUAAAACAGAUACAAAUAAAGAUGAUAAAAAAUAG